AUGUAUAUUGAUAAGGUGGUGAAUCGAGAGGAAAAUAGAGUGGUCGGAGUAGCCGAAGAUUUGAAGAGGAAAUGGGAGUUGAGAAUGGCUCGAAUUUGCGAGCGGGACGACCGGGAAAUGGACUAUCAGAACUGGAAGUUUCUAUCGUACCAGGAGUUUGAAUUGAUCAACGAAUGGAAUCAGCAAGGGAAAGAGUUGACGAAGGAUGGAUGCGUGAAGCUUUUGGCGAAUAUGAAGCAGACGCAUCAGGAAUGGGAGGAUUACCAGAAAGUGAAGGAGCAAAAGGAUUCGAUAAUCGAGGAGUUGAAGGAGUCGAUCCAGAUCAUCAAACAGGAGCCAGCAGUUCCCUCGAAUUCGAAUUCGAAUUCGAAUUCUACGUCUGAUGGUGGAGAUAAGAACACAAAUGACGACGACGAUGAGAACCACCACCACAACCACAGGGAGAAUGGGUUUGGUGGUGUUGGAAAGACGGCUGGCAAGAGUCCCACGAAAUCUCCAGCUGGGUCUCCUGUACCUUCGAGCGGUAGCACCCCAAAUAAGAGAAGAGCUAGGCCCGCAAACGCGAACGCGAACCACAGACCAAAAAGACCGUCGAAUCUCUCCAAGAGCGUGAGGAACAGAAACUCGUCCAAGGAUACAGAAACGAGCGUGUCGAAGAAAAGGCGAACGCCAGCUUCUGCCGCUAAUGAGAGCAAUACUCCCAGGAAAAGACCCGCGUCCGCAUCCGUGUCGUCUUCACCUUCAGUGGCCAGAAAGGGCGGCAGCAAAUCGUCACCAUUGACGCCGGAUUCUGCAAAGAACGCUGAGGAUGCAGACCUUUCGCAAGCAGAAGAGGACAAUUUAUCCUCCUCUAUGGCUGACGAUGAGGACUUGUCUCACAAGAACACAGAAGAGCCACAAGAUGAGGAAGAAGAAGAAGAAGGAGAAGGAGAAGGAGAAGAUGAUGAUGAAGAAGGAGAAGGAGAGGAAGAUGAAGCUGCUGCCAAAGCAGAAGAAGACGUAGACGAAGAAGAAGACGAUAUAGACGACAUCAAGGUACCCGAAGACGAUGGCGACGACGACGAUUUCGCCCCAUCGUAUUCGGCUAUCAGCAAAGUCAAGGUUAACAAGAAGGUCACUUUGGACUCGCCAAUGCCAGCUAUCCAGAAAGAGUUGAGGAAAAUGGCUAUAAAGAGCUCCAUUGCAAAAGCAAUGAAGAGAAAGUUCACCAACUGUAAAGUUCAGACUUACGCUCCGGAUACUGAACUAGAAAUCAAAAUUACAUUGAAACAGUUGCAUAUUCGUAAAUAUAAGAGACAUCUUGCCGAAAUAGAACGGAAGAGAAAGGCUGAAGAAGCAGCUUUGAAGGCCGAGGAGGAAGCUAAGAAACGGAAACUUGCUCCCCCUCCUCCUCCACCACAACAGGUCAAGAGCAAAGAUCACGACUUGCCUACAUACGGUAUGAAGAUCACCUUGAAAGAAGCCCGUGCCAUCCAAAGACAUUACGACCAAACUUACAUAACUAUAUGGAAGGAUAUGGCUAGAAGAGAUUCCGGUAGAAUUUCAAGACAGCUUCAACAGAUUCAAUCGAUAAGAAGUCAAAACUUCAAGAAAACUUCGUCGUUGUGCGCUAAGGAAGCAAGAAGGUGGCAGAUGAGAAAUUUCAGACAGGUUAAAGAUUUCCAAACAAGAGCCAGAAGAGGUAUCAGGGAAAUGUCCAGUUUCUGGAAGAAGAACGAGAGAGAGGAAAGAGAAAUGAAGAAGAAAGCAGAAAAGGAAGCUUUGGAACAGGCCAAGAAGGAGGAAGAAGAAAGAGAAAACUUGAGAGCUGCCAAGAAAUUGAACUUCUUGCUCACUCAAACAGAAUUGUACUCUCAUUUCAUUGGAAGCAAGAUAAAAACAAAUGAAUUGGAAGGUAACAUGACUGAUGAGUCCCUGGCUGCUAUGCAAAACAACAACAAGAACAAGGGUAUCGAUAUCUCAAAGACGGCUGCAUCUAAAACAGAUAUUCAAUCUAUUGAUUUCGCUGAGGAAGAUGACGAUAACUUGACAUUGAUGGCAGCUCAAAACGCUUCCAAUGCCUUGAGGGAAACCCAAGAAAAGGCUAGAAAAUUCGAUGAAGAAGAUGAAGCAGAUGGUGAGUUGAACUUCCAGAACCCAACAUCUUUAGGUGAAAUCACAAUCGACCAACCAAAGAUGUUAGCUUGUACCUUAAAAGAGUAUCAGCUCAAGGGUCUAAAUUGGUUAGCAAAUCUUUACGACCAAGGUAUCAAUGGUAUAUUGGCUGAUGAAAUGGGUCUCGGUAAAACCGUUCAAUCCAUCUCGGUUCUAGCACAUUUAGCAGAUCGCUACAACAUUUGGGGUCCUUUCAUCGUCGUUACUCCAGCUUCUACCUUGCACAACUGGGUGAAUGAAAUCAGUAGAUUUGUUCCACAGUUUAAAAUUUUACCAUAUUGGGGUAAUGCUAAUGAUCGUAAAACCUUGAGAAAGUUUUGGGACAGAAAACAUUUGAGAUAUGGCAAAGAUGCUCCAUUCCAUGUUAUGGUUACAUCCUACCAGAUGGUCGUGUCUGAUGCUAACUACUUGCAGAAAAUGAAGUGGCAAUAUAUGAUUUUGGAUGAGGCACAAGCUAUCAAGUCCUCUCAAUCAUCGCGUUGGAAGACAUUACUAAGUUUCCACUGCCGUAAUCGUUUGCUCUUAACAGGUACCCCAAUUCAGAACAACAUGCAGGAACUUUGGGCUUUGCUACAUUUCAUCAUGCCUUCUUUAUUCGAUAAUCAUGAUGAGUUUAGUGACUGGUUUUCGAAGGAUAUAGAGUCACAUGCCGAAUCCAACACAGAGCUCAAUCAAGAGCAACUACGUCGUUUACACAUGGUGCUAAAACCAUUUAUGUUGAGACGUAUUAAGAAGAACGUUCAAUCUGAAUUGGGUGAUAAGAUUGAAAUAGACGUUCUCUGUGAUUUAACAUUUAGACAAGCUAAGUUGUAUCAGAUAUUGAAGUCUCAAGUAUCCGGUGGAUACGAUGCUAUAGAGAAUGCAGCUGGUGCUGAUGAUGUAACAUCUGAUCAAAAAUUGGUAAAUCUUGUUAUGGAAUUCAGGAAAGUUUGUAACCAUCCCGAUCUUUUCGAAAGAGCAGAUGUAAGCUCACCGUUCUCAUUUGUAUCAUUUGGAGAGAGUUCAUCUUUACUUCGUGAAGGAGACUUUGUUGAAGUGAACUACUCUGCCAAGAACUUGAUAAAUUACAAACUUCCAAGGCUAAUAUACGAUGAGUUCAUUGUUCCAAACUAUAAUAACGACGUGGAUGUAAGAGCAAAACUCUUGUACCACUCAAUGAACAUUUUCCAUCCUUCAAACUCUAUCGAAUUGUGCAAUACUUUGUCUAAGCUCACUGGAAUGAGCGCAAGCACAUUCACAAAGCUAUUAGAAAAGGACGUCAUAAACAGAGCCAUUGAUCUUGCUAGAGAGAAUAAUUCCAUUAUGGAGAAAUGUGAAGUUGCUUAUGACCACGGAGAAAAGGCAUUGCCAUCAUGCCUAUUAAUUAGCAACAAACUGAAAUAUAUGGACCACUUGAAGAACGUCACAACUGGUGGAGUUCUUCAAGACCUUUUAGAAAUUCAGUCGUCUGUUUUUGAAAACGAGUAUCUAAAUUCCUUAUCUCCAGCAUACCAUCCUGCCGCAGCAGCACCCCCUAUCAAUAUAGAAAUUAUGGGUUCCAAUAACUUUGUUCAAAAGAAACAGAGAGAACUUUUCAACCCACGUAUUUCUUCUGCUUUGAGUUCAAUUCCUCCAUCAAUCCAACACAAAUUACUUGUCGAACAGAAUAUUCCAAUCGAGGAGCUUCCAAUUACAGAAUUAGCGCCUAGAGCGUUGAACAAUUCCCAUACAUCGUACAUUACAAUGCCAUCGAUGGACAGAUUUAUAACGGAAUCAGCUAAGUUGAAAAAGCUCGAUGAAUUACUUGUGAAGUUGAAGGAAGAAGACCAUCGUGUUCUAAUUUACUUCCAAAUGACAAAAAUGAUGGAUUUGAUGGAAGAAUAUCUAACUUACAGGCAGUACAAACAUAUCAGAUUGGAUGGUUCAUCGAAAUUAGAUGAUCGUCGUGAUCUUGUUCAUGACUGGCAAACUAAACCUGAUAUUUUCAUCUUUUUGUUAAGUACUAGAGCUGGUGGUUUGGGUAUUAACUUGACAGCAGCAGAUACCGUCAUAUUUUAUGAUUCUGAUUGGAAUCCAACAAUUGAUUCGCAGGCAAUGGACCGUGCCCAUAGAUUGGGUCAAACAAGACAAGUUACUGUCUAUAGGUUAUUAAUCCGUGGUACGAUUGAGGAAAGAAUGAGAGAUAGAGCCAAGCAGAAAGAACAUGUUCAACAAGUCGUCAUGGAGGGUAAAGCGAAGCAAAAUAAAGUUAAAAUAGUGGAGGUUGAAAAGGAAAAGGAAAAGGAACAAGAUUCUGCUCCUGCAUAG